AUGGCAUCGUCACAAUACGCUUCAGUACCAGCAGCAACUAACGGAACGACCCUUGAAGCUUCUCGUAAAACCAACCCAACCUCCACAGCAGCAUCUACAGCCGCUGCUGCUCUUGCCACCACUCCGGUAUCACCCAAAGCUCCUGCAAACCUACCUCCAUUACUAGCCUCGAAACUCCCGAGUCUUACCCCACACACCCCACUUACCGGAGCAGCGGCGGCAUUAGCGGGUAAACAGCAGAGCCGAAGUCCUCGAACUAUGCCUCUCGAUGACAAAAAGACCGAUGGGUCGCAGGCAGUUAAGCAGUCGCCAAACCCGGCUUCAAUCUUUACAACAAAUCUCGGAAUGAGUACGCCUGCCGAUGCACCUCCGAAAGAACCUUCUCCAGUUCCUUCCGGGUUAGGUGGCUUGCCAAGUGUUGCGGCAGCUGCUGCUGCUAUGGAUACGUCUGGUAGUUCGCCUGCAACGUCAAGUGGCUUGGUGUCUAAUGGUACGACUAUUGACGGAAGUGCCGGGACUGUUACUGCAGGCCCGAAUACCACUGAUCCUGCCCUACUUCCCUCAGAUAUGAGUCAAUAUCACACUCUGCAGCCACAACCGCCCAAACUCACAGAGCCCCUUACAGCGACUACCCCAACCACUCCUGGGUUUGGUAGCGCAACAACGCCUACUACGCCAUUUAGCCCUAAUCAUCCAGGCGGCACACGAGGGAAACACACAUGUCCUCAUUGCCAUAAAACCUUCACUAGACACCAUAACCUCAAGAGCCAUCUUCUGACGCAUGCACACGAAAAGCCCUUCCUUUGCACGACAUGUAAUUCACGCUUCCGAAGACUUCACGAUCUUAAACGACACACGAAGUUGCACACGGGAGAGAGGCCACAUGUUUGCGGAAAGUGUGGAAGGCGAUUCGCUCGAGGAGACGCCUUAGCUCGACAUGCCCGCGGCGAAGGGGGUUGUGCUGGGAGAAGGGGUAGCAUGGGACAAGACGGCGAUGAUGGAAUGGAGGGUCUUGAAGGACUUAUUGAUGAUGGUGAUGGCGAUGUAUCCAUGAUGGAUGAAAAUGGCGGAGAAGGUUCUGAUGGGGGCCCUCGAAGGCGGGCGAGUCUUCCAAGCAUCAAGACUGAUUUCCACCCUGGCCAUCAACAAGUGGGCCACCAGAUGGGGCAGCAUACUCCAAUGACGCCAGCUUCUGGGUACCGAAGUCACAAUAACACCUAUCCACAACUCUCAUCUGGAGCUCGAACAGCGUCGGCCAGUGGGCCAAGUCCAGGACUCUUUCCACCUGGCUAUGCUGCACAUGGAUUCAAGUCGGCGACGCCAACAAGUGCAACUCCUAGCAUGCAAACCACCAAUAUGAACUCUACCUCAGCUACAAGCCCUGCUGCCACGAAUUCUGCAAACACAAGUAUUCUUAGUCCUCAGAAUGUCUUGACGGACAGCCCCCGAGCGGUCAGUCCAGGGAUGCUGCCAAGUCAGCCCGAAGGGAUGCCCAGGGACAGAACACCGAGUUUCACCUAUACGAACCCUCUGCCAGCACCUCAGCGUGAACGUGAUGGUAUGUUCGUCAACCACAUGGCGCACCCGCCUGCGUCUGGGCAGCAGCAAAACGCCCACCAACAACAAGGUGCCGCAGGGGGAAGCGGACCUGCUCCUCAGGCCAAUAUGGGUGGUAACGGCCCGCAAAGCAAUCCUAAUAUGUUUGCUGGCCAGGACGGUGGGUUAUGGACAUACAUCAAGACCCUUGAGGACAGGAUAAAACAGCUUGAGGAAAGAUUGGAUCAGCAAACACCCCAACAGCCUCAAGCUCAACGACAACAGCAGCAACCAGCGGCACCAAGCUCAUGA